UUGCGGGGCUAUGGAUAGCCACAACCCAAACGCCACCUGCCCUACGUGAUGCUGGUGUUCAAGAAACAUUCGCCCCAAGACCAAAACCUCGCCCUAGGACGAAGUUUCAUCUGAUAAUACGAAGUGCCGCGAGGAUCACCCCGCGGCCAUCAGAUAUGUCGCCUACUUCAUUUCGCGUCCGAAGCUAAAAGAGCUCUUCAAUGUUGAGAUGGCAGGUGAAGAUGCUUUCUCAAAACCAAGUCUUGCCCUCUUCCCUCACACACCUCGUCGUCUUUUCUCAAGUUGUCAAUUCUAAUUUAGCAGACUGAUCUGCCCUUCCAUUCUUUAUGUUCUGACCUAUCCUCGCUGCAAUAUUUAAAUUCAAGUUACACGCUCAUUCGCGCCCUUCUCGACGUCAUGAAAGGCUUCACUCAUAUUCUUGUUGUUUCCUUUGUAGCCUUCAGAUCAGUUUUCGCGAUCCCAGCCAAAGGCAACAAAGCUGCAAAUGCUGCAGCCAGCGCCGUUGCGGGCAUCACUCGAGGUGCAUCGACUAUUGUUAUGAAAGAGGUUGGUGGUGUACCGGGAAACGAAUGCCUCACAUUUCGGAACAAUGGUGAGAUUGUUGAUGCAGCAUGCGUAAACACCUCCGCAGAUCGUCAAGUCACCCCCUCAACCAGUGCUUCGGGUGCCGAUGUCCUCCUGGUACAGCGUAGCUUCGACGCUGGAUUUCGGCCCGAUCUCGUUGGGAAGCAGGCGUGCGUGGGAUUCAAUGGAACCGAUUUUAAGGCAGUGGAUUGUAAUGCCUCUGGUACUCAAUUUGUGAGCCUCGUUGGUGGGCAACUCAAGUCUGGAACAGCAUGCCAAAGUGGACAUGAUUCAGCUGCACAAUUGACGGUGGACUCGAGUGGGAGCAAGUGCGUUGGAGUCACGAUUACCACAGUGACGCCGGCAGCUCCAUGAAUACGAUUUCUUGAUCAUCUCACUGCUGAACUGAGGAGCUACGCCGAUGCGAGACAUGUGCUCAGUAUAGUGUCGUCAAUUAAUCAUCCAGAUAUCCUUGGCAUAUUGGACGAUUUGGUCUUCAUGAGUCCCUUAACUAGAGUCUUGAGCCUAUGUGAUAUAUUUGAGUCCUUUCACGAUUACUCUGAUUAUAAU